UUACGCCUUGUUUUGAUGUUGUGUAUAAUCUCAAGUGUAAAAGGUAGUCGCACCUUUAGAAAGCAUAGUGUCAAAUAUAAGGAACUUAUUGAGGAAAACAGUCUCUCAUUACGAGACAUUCUACCGCCUAAGCCAAAACAUUACGACAAAAAUAGGGCUCCCAAAUUACAAGGACAACCCACUGUAGUCUAUUUUCACGUAACUGUGUUGUCGCUGGACUCCAUAAAUGAAGAAUCGAUGACAUACGUCACCGAUAUUUUCCUUGCACAAAGCUGGAGGGACCCUAGACUGAGACUCCCGGGAAAUAUGAGUGAAGAAUAUAGAAUUUUAGAUGUUGAAUGGCUACAUAAUAUAUGGCGACCGGAUUGUUUUUUCAAAAACGCCAAAAGUGUGACAUUUCACGAAAUGACCAUCCCAAAUCAUUAUUUGUGGCUGUAUCACGACAAAACUUUGUUAUAUAUGUCAAAGUUGACCCUAGUUCUUUCUUGCGCUAUGAAGUUCGAAUCGUACCCACAUGAUACUCAAGUAUGCUCUAUGAUGAUUGAAAGUUUGUCACACACUGAUCACGAUUUAGUGUUCAUUUGGAACUUAACUGAUCCACUGGUUGUCAAUAGCGAGAUCGAACUUCCCCAACUUGACAUUUCGAGUAACCAUACAGACGACUGCACCAUAGAAUACUCAACCGGUAAUUUUACGUGUUUAUCAAUAGUCUUCAAGUUAAAAAGAAGACUUGGGUACCACUUAUUCCACACUUACAUUCCUUCGGCUUUAAUUGUUGUUAUGUCGUGGAUUUCAUUCUGGAUUAAACCUGAAGCAAUACCAGCUAGAGUGACUCUAGGAGUAACCUCACUUCUCACUUUAGUGUAUGUUUUAGCCACACAGAACACUCAGUCUCAACAAUCCCUUCCACCUGUUUCAUAUGUUAAAGCAAUCGAUGUUUGGAUGUCUAGUUGUUCAGUGUUUGUGUUCCUAUCAUUGAUGGAAUUCGCCGUUGUUAAUAAUUUUAUGGGUCCAGUAGCCACGAAAGCCAUGAAAGGGUAUUCUGAUGAAGACAUACAAGCACAAUUUAGUGAAUAUAGAGGGCUGAAAGAACCUCGGUUCAGUACCAUAAGUCAGCCACAGUACGACACUUUUCAUAACGGGAGAAGUAUACCUCUGUGUAUUGAUCAGUUCUCUAGGUUUUUCUUUCCAUUUUCCUUCAUGAUAUUAAAUAUCGUGUACUGGUCCACUUUUUUGUAACUAAAGUUGUCUAUUAUUUUUUCGCUAUAUAAAAAACGCGGUCAAAAACAUCCAUGGAUUUUUGAAAGUUUGUUUUGAUCGUUCCAUUUUCAACUCGCACCUUCAAAUUGAUGGUGUUUUCUAUUGUUCUCACGGUAUAUAACUGGAAACAAAAAAAAAAAUGGAGAGUCCUUGAAGAGUAGCCAUCGAAUCUACAAACAAUAUACUUGUCACUAGAAGCUUAAAUAAAAAU